AUGUCGACGAAUAUUACUAUCAACAAUGUUAACGAUAGAACAGGCGGUAAGACUGAAGAAAUUGAGAUGGACUGUGCCCUGCAACACUUAGAGCGGGUCACCCUACUCUACCCUCAUCGUUAUGAUCCGACUUACCAUCUUGAGGUCUUUGAAGAUGUCAAAGAACUUUUGUUUCUUACCCUAACUACGAACAAGAAGGAUGUAGUCAAGAAGGACAGCAGGGCUGUUGGCAUGUCAAACCGGUCAUUGCCCAUGCUAUUUGAUGAGGCUAAAGCCACAGUCGGUCGGACCAAAUUUGUCUCCCACUCGCCUGGCGUAUGGGAAAUCGAGGUGAAGAGCACGACAAGCCCUAUCAUAUUGCUUGCGGCAACUACAACAACAGCACCACCACCUCCAGCAGGUGAAAGCGAAAAUACGGAUGGUCAAGACCAGCCUCUUCCAGCGGAUUCCGUAGGUAAAAAUGAAGACCUAGAUACCGUGCAGCCCGGAGCUAAGACUACAGACGACGAUACUCCUGCGGAGGAGAUGAAGGCUAUGCAGAAUUUUCUUGAGAAGCAGUUCAAAGCUAUCCAGAUAUACAAACGUGACCUUGUGAAGCUCGAAACAGAUCAGAUGACAAGAUUGGCGCUCGUGAAAGAAUACAAACAAAAAAUUGCGAGCACUUCGGCCGACUUUCAAAAGAUAGAGCUCACGAUCCUCUUUGAAAAGCGACACAAAAUCAGAGGUUGGGACAAGGCAUACUUCAAGAAGGUCAAAGAAUACGAGGAUAAGAAGACUAGUCAAAUAGCAGGAGAAGGAGAAGAGACUAGUGCAGCUGGCUAG